AUGUCAGUGCUGGAAAAAUUAAAGCCAGCUGAUGUGAGAGCUUCACGCAAUGUGGACGUGGAGGUGGACGUGGAGGUGGACGUGGACGUGGACGUGGACGUGGACUUCGACGUGGCCAUGGACGUGGACAUGGACGUGGACGAGGACGUGGACGUGGACUUGGACGUGGACGUGGACGUGGACGUGGACGUGGACAUGGACGUGGACGUGGACGUGGACGUGGACGUGGACAUGGACGUGGACAUGGACGUGGACGUGGACAUGGACGUGGACGUGGACGUGGACAUGGACGUGGACGUGGACGUGGACAUGGACGUGGACGUGGACAUGUACGUGAACAUGGACGUGGACAUGGACGUGGACGUGGACGUGGACGUGGACGUGGACGACGUAGACAUGGACGUGGACGUGGACUGA